AUGUAUACCGCAAAACUAGGAUUUGAUCACAAAAAGUCAAAUACCGAACUUUUGGGGGAAUACAAAGCUCACACCUUGUUUGUUUGUUCGGUGAAGUGUCAAAAAGACUGUAUCGUCUUUGGAUACAAUCCUACGAUGAAAAAGUGCCGUAUCCACAAGACGAUAUCCACGUCAGAAAUGUCUGAGGAGGCAGAUCUUGCUGAAGAUUGUAAGACAUUUCCUGAAAACUGUAACACUAAUUCAGCUCUUUCUGUAGACUGUAAAGACCUUCGUGAUAAUGGUCACACCAUUUCAGGAGUGUACGACAUUUAUCCAUACGGAAACAUCUCUCGUCCUGUCAGAGUUUACUGCGACAUGGAGACAAUGGACGGAGGAUGGACGUUAACAAAGGGAAAGAACUCUUACCUCUAUGUUUCCAUCACAGACGUGAACGACAAAAAACUGUACGAGUUGUAUGAUGAAUUCUAUAUUUCCAAUCAAACAGAGAAGUAUCAACUCUUUCCGACUGGGAAAGCACAAGGUGACAAAAUGAGAAAAAAAGAAGGUUCUUCCGGUGCUAUUAAUGGAAUGUUCUUCACCACUGAAGACAGAGACCACGAUAAUUUUGGAAGUAACUGUGCUGACGCUCAGGCAGGAGGCUGGUGGUUUAACAAAUGCAGUAACACAUUCCUCAAUGGUCCCUGGGCUAGUCAGCACUGGUACCGUCCUUGGAAUCCUACAUUUAUAAGUGGGGAGUAUAUAAAGGAGACAAUGAUGUUGAUUAAACGACAUUAG